UUUUAUAAGUAGAGCCUACGAUCCUAUUCCUAGUCCUCGAAAUUGAGUAGAAUUUAAAAAGGUUUGAUGAAUGAGUGGGUCCCACUUUCGACGACCACCUUGGGAACCAACCAAAGAACACUUCUCUAACUCACUUCAUUUCAAUUCAAUUCAUUUCUCUUCUCUUUCUCUUUCUCUUUUUCUGUCUUAACAAAAAUCUCCAUAGCCCAAAACAUAACUGCUAGAUCUCCAUACCACUGUACCUCGAUUUGAUAUCACUAACCACCCAUCUCACCAGCUCAGCUCAAAAGGAUGAACUCGUUUCACCUUCUUUAACCAACCAGAUCAUCACUUUAGUCUUCUUUUGAAUCUUUCUGAGUAAUCAUGAUGAGGAUUGGAGAAUGAGCAUGAAUUUGGUAAUUACUUUCACACAAGACUCAGCUGUCUGUAUACUCAUUCUUAAGAUUGUAGUUUGGAGAAGUUGAAUGAAGUUCAAGAAGAGUUAACCUAUUGUCCCUUAUGAAGGUUGGGUUAGAUGAAGUUCCAAGUCGAGAUUGUCUUUGCUUGUCUUGUGAGCAUCAUCUUGAUUCAGCCAAGUCUUUGUGAUGAAGUUUCGAGUACAUCUGGCAUAAAGGAUUGGAGUUGCGAAUGCUCCUCUACAUAUCAAGGAAAUAGGAGCUCGACUACGGUUGGAUCUAACUGCUCAACAUCCUGCGAUUGUAGUCGAGAUGCUGGAAACGUAUGGACUUGUAAAUGUCCUGCCGAUGGACUUCCUAAAGUUGCAACUGAUAACCAGUACAACAACUGUUUUGCAGCAUGCAAUUGUACAUCUGGAUCUCUCAAUGAAGCUCAACCUUCAAAAAAGCACAUGUCAAGCAAAGCUAUAGUCAUUAUUUUAUUACUAUGCGUUAUACUCACGACCCUUGCAUUUCUAUUGUCGGUCGCUUGCUACUUUUAUCAAAGAGACAAGAGUGCCAUUAAACCAUCAGUGUUCUCUUCAGACCGAGAAACUAGCUGCAACAGUGCCACCAAUUUGAUAAACCAUAGGACUUAUUCAAUGCCCGAAACUAAAGUUUUUGUAGAUUCUCAAUUGCCCAUUAAACAUAUCACAGAUUGCUUUCAGAUGAGUUGUUUAUCAGGGAACGAAACAGGAAAAAUAUAUGGAGUUAUUGUGCAGUUUUCCUACUCUGAAUUGCAAAAUGCCACCGAAAACUUUGCAAAUUCAAAUCUUAUAGGAGUCGGGGGAAGUAGCUAUGUUUAUCGAGGCAAACUGAAAGAUGGAAGAACUGUAGCAGUUAAGCGAUUAAAGAAUCAGAAAGGGCCUGAUGCAGAUUCUGUGUUUUUAACAGAGAUUGAGCUGUUGUCAAGACUAAAUCAUUGUCAUGUGGUGCCUCUGCUAGGCUACUGCUCUGAAUCCCAUAGAAAACUUGCCGAGAGAUUAUUGGUGUUUGAAUACAUCCCUAAUGGAAAUCUUCGAGAUUGUUUAGAUGGGGCGUUGGAGAAAACUAUGGAUUGGGGUACUCGUGUUGCGAUUGCAAUUGGAGCUGCAAGAGGCUUGGAGUAUCUCCAUGAAGCGGCUGCUCCAAGAAUUCUGCACCGAGAUGUAAAGUCAACAAACAUUCUUUUGGAUGAAGAAUUGCAAGCAAAGAUAACUGACCUUGGUAUGGCAAAACACUGGAUAGCUGAAGGUCUAUCAUCCAGCUCUUCAAACUCUCCAGCAAGGAUGGAAGGAACUUUCGGUUAUUUUGCACCAGAGUAUGCCAUUGUUGGACGAGCCUCUCUUAAGUCGGAUGUUUUCAGUUUCGGGGUAGUUCUUCUCGAGCUUAUCACUGGUCGACCGCCCAUUCAUAAACGAAAUGGCAAAGGAGAAGAAAGCCUUGUCAUAUGGGCUACUCCUCGUUUACGCGAUAGUAGGAGAAUAAUUACAGAGUUGGCUGAUCCACAUUUAAAUGGGAAUUUUCCAGAAGAAGAGAUGCAGAUUAUGGCAUACUUGGCAAAGGAAUGUCUGCUUUUGGAUCCUGACACCAGACCAACCAUGGGUGAGGUUGUUCAAAUUCUUUCAACUAUCAAACCCGAAAGGUCUAGAAGGACAUGCAUUUCUGUGAAUUUUUCUCAGAGAUCAUCUGGAUGUGGCAUAGAGAAACCUGAUCAGAAUCAUAUUUACAAAAGAAACACACAUUUGGAAGGUUCUCAAGAUGUAGAGGAGCUAAAGCGAGUCGUGUCCUGUGAACGGUCAGAUCGUUGUUCGCUACCACUUGAUGUUGAACGCAAUCUUUGCAGUGAAAAGAUAGAAGAAAAUAAAAUUUCAGCCGAGCACAUGGAGCGAUUGGUACUCUUAGCAUCGAAAGCUAGAAGCUGGCGUGCAUCAGAUGACGAAAUAGUUGACUUAACCGAACCUCGGUUUGAAUCAUUUUGUAUGGGAAAUAUUAGUCCCCCAUAAAAACUUCUAGGCUUGGAUGGAUUAAGGGGGAAAAACAUGUAGCUUUCGAGUCGGAACAUUUCUUUUCCUUUCAAAAAUAGUGGAAAAGAAAAGCUUGUAUGUUAGGUGAUCAUAUGGUGAUCUUCAUCUUUAUUGUUUCAUUUUGUUAAUUAUUUCAUGUACAGAAAAGGAAAAUAGAACAUAAAAAUUCAAACAGCCCUUAUAGUCAUUGUAGUCUUUUGUACAAGAUAUCAAUAAUUUGGUUUCAAUUUUGCUCAAAUGUGGGAAUUGUUUGUACCUAUAAAUUUGGUUAUAGGUACUUACAUUUCCAAAUACCUCUUGAGUUUGUCUAUUUACUUAGAAUUAAAUUUUUUGUGAAAAAAUACAAUUAAAGUGCAUUUUUCUAAUAAAAAAAGAAAAAAUUAAAAGGGUAGUUGGAACUUUAAACUUUUAGUUAGAAUUGCCUUAAAUUUUGAAUGGUAGGUGAAAUAUGACUUAUAGACAAGAUGAUAUAUUUAUAUAUAAACAAAAAUGAUAACUUAAUCCAUAUUUGGAGAAUUCUUAGUUCACUUUCAUUCUUAGAAUUUGUGCUAUAGAUAUGGAUCCUCCACCACCAACACCGCCACCGCCACCAGCACCACCACCACCGCAACCACAGCUUACAGAACCGUUGUUUCCUCCUUCUCCAGCUCCCCCAGAUGGGGGAUGCUUUGAAUCAUGUUUGUGGUUCUUGUGUUGCUGUGGUAUAUUUGGAAGCUGUUGUUUCUCAGGCCCACUAUUUGAAGCAGGGUCUCCUCCUCCUUAAUAGACAUGUUUUCAUUGUUCACUUCACAUUUCUAAUUUGUUUUUAUUAUUAUUAUUAUUAUUAUUAUUAUUAUUAUUAUUAUUAUUGCUUUUGAUUGUGAUUGUGAGUCUUACAGAAACUAAUUUUUUGUUUGACAAAAUAGUAUUUCUGAUAUUGACAUCUUUGUAAUACUUUGUUUAUUUCCUCAUAAUAGUACCAAUUUGCAAAA